AAUAAAAUAAGAUACACGUUGACAGAUUAAAUAAUUUAUUAAUAGUUAUAGAAUCGCAUUGGGUAUUAAUUACUUCCGACUUUAGUGACAAAUUGAAGUAACAGUUGACAAACUAUUAUUUCUGUAAUUGGAUUAAUUUUUCACACUUUUCCUUUGCUGAAAAAAAAACCAGUUUUUGUAUGCACGUGUUCGCGAAAAUCCUCACCGUGCGCGCGCGCGUACCUAAUAGUUUGUCAAUUCUCUGCAGAGCCAACCGCGCUACAGUGCUUUGCAGAGAGAAAAAGUGCUUCUUAUUCUUCCCGGAAAUAAUUAAAAGUGGAAUUUCAACGAUGGCUGAUGUAUCCAUACAUAUGGGUACAACGCGCAAAAUGUCUUACGGAUCUUAUAAUGGCAAGCUGAGUGGUGUCGAGGGCAAAACCCCGUUUUUAAUCGGAGUUUCAGGUGGUACAGCCAGCGGCAAGUCGACAGUAUGCAAACGCAUAAUGGAGAAACUUGGCCAAGUAGACAAAGACCAUGACCAGCGACAAGUUGUAUGCAUAUCACAAGACAGUUUCUACAAAGACCUGUCCAAAGAAGAUAAGAUGAAAGCCGAAAAAGGACAGUUCAACUUUGACCAUCCAGACGCAUUUGAUGAUAGUUUUAUACUUCGAACUCUGGAGGAUAUUCGUGCUGGGAUCAAAUGCGAAAUUCCUGCCUAUGAUUACAGAACUAACAGUUUAAUAAAAGACCAGAUAACGACGAUAUAUCCAGCGGAUGUAGUUUUGUUUGAAGGCAUUCUCGUAUUUUAUCACCAAAAGAUAAGAGACUUGUUUCACAUGAAACUAUUCGUGGAUACAGAUUCGGACACGAGAUUAGCGAGAAGAGUGCCAAGAGACAUAAAAGAAAGAGGAAGAGAUUUGGAAUUUGUCCUGAAUCAGUACAUGAAUUACGUAAAACCGGCUUUUGAAGAAUUUUGUCUGCCAACUAAAAAAUUUGCCGACGUCAUCAUACCCAGAGGAGCUGACAAUACUGUGGCGAUAGACCUUAUAGUGCAUCACAUCUUGGACAUUUUGCGUAUCAAAAAGGCUGAUCAUUCGUCCGCGCAGCAUCCAUACAUCUACCAGCAAAGGCGCACUUCGACAUCAUCUGACACCCUCAGCAGAUGACUAGCUUAGGCCGUUCAAGGCUUCAUAUCGACCUUUGCAAUAUUGAGACGCUACCGCAUCUUAGCGGCUGCAUCUCCGCCGAAGUCUUCGCACCAUGAAAAAAAAACUGCCGGGAAAAGCCAACUGUCGGCAUCUAUUUCAUUUUAAAUUCCAACUAGGAGUAUGAUACCUUCGCCGGAGAUGCAGUCGAUGCGUUUCGUCAUCUUCAGGGUGUCCAGCUGUCGGGAAAGUCAGCAAAUCUUGCAGCAACUAAUUUUUUUCAAAGCGUUCAACUUCAAUGUCAUUAAAAAAAAAUUAAAAUGCUGUCAGAGUUACCCUUUUUAAUAUGCUUAAAACAUUUAAGGCCCUGUGAAUUUUUUUAAUCGGAAAAAAAGAGAACGCCAGGAAACGUAAGAGAAUUUCAAAUUUUAUUCUCAAUGGACACCCUGAUCGUGCAAAGCUUAAUUUAGUCAAGUAUUCUCUUCUAGUUUUUACAUUGUAUCUGCAGACUGAUUCAUUCGUAGGAGUAUUUUACACUGUCUUUACACCAGACUUUUUUUAUUGGGCAACGGCUGUUUGUCCGUCGAGUUUGUAUCAACAUGAAAUUUUACAUUCCUGUAUCUUGCUAAAUUGUAUGAUGUGAAAACAAGUUUUGUAAGGAAUUUUUAAUUUUUCAAGAAAUUGUCCAUUUUCUAAGAACUCUGUGCGAGAUUUUUUUGGAAUUGAAGUGUGUUUUGGUUAUUGCUGACUGAAUAAUAUUUACAUUUCAACAUUUGCAAUACAUAAAAUAGGACUUCCGCAACCUUUGGGAUGAAGUGUGUGUGGCAAUGAAUUUUAUAUUAUGAAAUUUUACAAAGUAGCUUUUCAGAUAAAAAAACUGCCUUCGGGAUAAAUGUUUCCUGUGUACAUUCCAUUAUUAGUGUCUACUCUUUUUAUUCUAAACGCCUUGUUCUUUUUUUUAAAUUGUUAACAAACACACUUCGUGAAUGGGAACGUCGGACAAAUAAGCUGGCCUACUUUUUUCUGCCUGUCAAUUACAUAAUUUCGACUUCUGAUAAAGUUCCUUUCAGUAUCUAGUUCUUUUAUGAUCUUUUUAUUAUUUCCAGUAGUGAUUUUUCACCUAUUUUAUUGUGUAUUCUGUAUUGUAAUUAUAAUAAAUGAUUAGCAUUAUCGCUAAUUUAUACAUUCUUCUAUAUUUCGUCGCCCUAUCGUUAUACUACGCCAUGUCCACUUUUAGACAAUUUUGAACCAUUAUGUUUAAACCCAUUAAGUAUUAAACUUUGUUUUUAAAGAAAAUUUUCAGAUUUUUCAUAAAAUAUUGUCGUUAAUUAAAAAUUAUAAUUAUAUCACGCUAUGUCCUUUUUGCAUUGCACUAACAGAAAAAAUGCCAACUUAGAAAAUAUUCUAUAUGGACAACCUCACUUCCAUUUGAUAUAUUUAAAAAAAUAUUUUUAGUCUUAAAAGUAAAUAUCGGAAUAUUACUCGAAAGUCAAUAAUUUGGGAAUAACUCAUUGCAUUUGAGCACUGCAAAACAAUAAAAUAAUGUAAACUAUCAUUCUGUUAAACUUUUUACUUAAGAAUUGCUUUAUAGAUAGGUCAUUGAUAAAUAUUUUGUGGACAUGGCUUAGUAUAAUCCCGAGAAAAGAACAGAAUUUUUCGAUUUUCAUAUUACACAUUGUCCAAAGACAAUUUUCCACGUCAAUUAAAAUACAUUGAUACUAAUAUAAUAUUUUUUGCUAAUAUGUUCUUCUUCGCGGAUUAUUUUUGAGCGAUAAAUUUAUUUCGAUAUUUGGCAACGUUUUGUAGAGUAUAUUAUGCUUAAACUUUGAACCUAAUUCUUUCAGUUCAACAGAUGCGGGACAUGGCAUACUAUAACUUUAGGUUGACGAAUUUUGCGAACCGUAAUGUUAACCAUGGGCGCCAAGUAUUUUCUUUUUAAACCAAUUUUUCUGACGAACUCUGUAAUAAAUUUGAAUUAAGAUAUUUGAUUCAUUAUAAUUAAAUCUAUUCAAAUUGGAGUCGAUUCUUUGAACAAUGUACAAAAUAAUUUAAAACAGCGUGCAGUAACGCUCAAAUUUUGACCACUUGACACAACGUCUGUAGGUUUUCAGAAUUUCAGAGGGUGGCCGCUCGACCGGGAAAUGGUAGUGAAUUUAUUUUUUGACCGGGAAUUUUACACAUUUUUAGAAAAAAUCUGUCCAAAUUUAAUUUCAACAGUUUUUGUAAUAAUUUGAUGAAUUUGUAUCUUUUUCAAUUACGAUAUUCAGUUUACAAUAUGUAAUUCGAAAAUCUUUCACUUCAAGAUUUUAAGUUUGAGUUUACAUUAUUCAUUUAAAGAAAUUUAAAAUGCAGUUUUAAAGAUUAACAAUUAAGAAUUAGAAGCGUAUGAAAUAGUACAAUCUUGGAUAAAAAUCCUUUUUAGUGAAUCAAAUGUGAAUAUAAAUUAUAAUAAUUUUUAAAAUUGAACUAUAC